CCCCCCCAGCCCGGCGGCCGCCAUCUUGGUUAUCAGAGGCCCUGCAGCCGGAGCCGGGGCCGGGACGAGGUGGAGGGGGUUGCUGCUGCUCGGUGUCAAUACCGGGGGACUGGUGCCUCAGUUACAAGAGGUGUUAGACGUUGUACAACUCUUUGUCACAAUGUCGUAUAUGCUGCCACAUCUCCACAAUGGCUGGCAAGUGGACCAGGCUAUUCUGUCAGAGGAGGAUCGUGUCGUUGUCAUUCGCUUUGGUCAUGAUUGGGACCCAACUUGUAUGAAGAUGGAUGAGGUGUUGUAUAGUAUUGCUGAAAAGGUGAAAAACUUUGCUGUUAUUUAUUUAGUGGAUAUCACAGAGGUACCAGACUUCAACAAGAUGUACGAGUUGUAUGAUCCAUGCACUGUUAUGUUUUUUUUCAGAAAUAAGCACAUCAUGAUUGAUUUGGGCACAGGCAACAAUAACAAAAUUAAUUGGCCCAUGGAAGACAAGCAGGAGAUGAUUGACAUUGUUGAGACAGUUUACAGAGGAGCACGCAAAGGAAGGGGUCUUGUGGUAUCUCCAAAGGACUAUUCCACCAAAUAUAGAUAUUGAGGAGUUAUGUAUGUUCAGCUGAACAGUUUACCAUAAGUUUCAUCCUGGAAGUACCAUUCUCGAAUAGGACGCACCAACUUUCAAAAUGCAUCUGUUUGUAUGUUUGCCUUGGAUACCUUCACUAUUAUCUACUACCCAAUUCAUAGACUAUAUAUGAAUGGAAAGUCAUGUUUUUAAAAUAUUUUUUGUUGUGAUAAAUAUAAAUUGAUUUAUUUACCAUUAUUGUUUUUUUACAGAAAUAAUAAAUUAUGUAACUGUCCCAUAUCUGGUAAUAUUACAUUUUGGGCAGAAUACUUUUGAAUAUUUGAUUCAGUAUAGUUUGCACUUUCUUAAUAUCCAAAUAAAAAUUGAACAAUGCCACAUGAUUGGACUUGGGUUUUCCAGUCAUUCUACAGAUGGAAACCCAAUUAAAGUUUCUGUCAGUAUUUUGGUCGAAGAAAUAAACCACCAAUCCUUUUAUUAACAGUGAUUAUAUACUUUUAUAAACCCUACCGAGUACUCGGCUAAAUUUUCAGCAAGCAUUGAUUGUGUGAAAAUGAGUAUUAACUUCAACUGUUGACAAGAAUCAUUGCUCCCUGCAUUUAUUCCUGACUGCAUAGCCUUCACAUAUUAUUAUUAUUCUCUAACUCCCACCCAAAAAAAAGAGCAAUUAUGUGCCUUAGUGUCUUUUGUGAGCUAGGGAUGAGGUCCACAAACUACAAAAUCUUGUUAUUGUGUAUUUCAUAAGAUAUUGAUGUUCAGUAUGUAGUGUCUCCUCUUUGUAUUAAAUAAACACCCAUAAACGAAA